UUCGCUGUUUGCUGGUCACCAAUGCAUUUCUAGGCUUUUAAAAUAGACGACCUAGAUCUAGAUUCUAGAUCUAGUUAUAGAUUCUAGACUUAUAGAUCUAGAUCUAUUACUUAUUAUAUCCAAAACACUGGGAGUAGACUAGAAAAAUCUAGAUAUGUAGAUUUUAUAAAAAAAAUAAUAAGAUCUCAGAGUAAAUAUAGAUCUAGUAUAUAGUGAUUAUAGUCUAUAAUCACUAUAAUGUGAAUAAGUCAAAAUAAGUGGUAAUAAGACGAUAAGUUAAGUAAGUUCAGUAGUAACUUUAAACUUACUAAGACCGUAGUACUAGAUUCUAGUAUUUACUAGUAAGUAAUAGAUGAGAUUCUAGUUAGUAAGUCUAAGUAGUAAGACUUUUUCACUAAGAGUAAGUUACUCAACUCUAUCAAUAUACUGGUAUAUAUUGCAACAAAAAGACACACUUGACAAUGUUAGCCACACAGAGAGAGAAGCGUAUCAACGCUGGAAAUAAGAUGUCGAAGCUGUUAGAAGCCGAAGAUGAUGAUGAUUUUUAUAAAACAACAUAUGGAGGCUUCGAUGAAGAAGAGGAAGAUAAAGAUUAUAACUCCUCUCAGUCCGAUUCCGAUGAUGUUAUCGAUUCAGACUUUAGCAUAGAUGAAAAUGAUGAGGUGAAAAGUGAUGAUGAUGUUGAAGGCAAACCAACCAAGAAAAGAAAAGGAGUGGUGACAAAAGCUUACAAAGAUCCUAAAGGUGAAAAGGAUAAAGAAAAAAAACCUGUUGUUAAGAAACCCAAAAAAGAAAAGCCCAAAGAAAUUCCAUCAACUGUACAAAUCUAUGUGUCCCCAGAAAGGAAAUCGGUGCGAAGGUCAACAGCUCUUAAAUCUGAAGCAGCGUCUUCUCGGCAGAAGUUAGAUCUGGAGAAGGACAAAAUGUUGAAAGAUAUGGCAGCCAAGAAAAAUGUUUCCCACAUUCGUAGGAUGACACAAGAGGAGUUAUUAGAAGAAGCCAAAAUUACAGAAAUACAAAACAUGAAAAGUCUUGAAAACUAUCAGAAGCUAGAGCUUGAGAAGAAAAGGGCAAGGGUUGUGAAACAAGUUUAUCAAGGCCCCAUCAUACGCUACCAUUCCUUGACCAUGCCUCUGAUUGAAGAGCUUCCUUAUGAGCCAGAUGUAGAUGUGGACUCUGAAGAUUUGUCUCGUCCACACAGAGUGGCAGAGGUGAAGAAGCCGGAGCUGACAGUUGACGAGAAAUGUGAACGCACUUUUAUAACUUUCACAGAUGAGUCAACAUUUAGAGAAAUUUUUCCUCAAGUUAAAAUAAAGCCACCUGGAAAGACACUUUGCCCUGUGACUAAACUUCCUGCCAAAUAUUUGGAUCCCAUCACUCAGACUCCGUAUUCUAACGCCCAAGCCUUUCGACUCAUCCGUGAUGCUUACUCCCGGCAGUUAGAGAGCGAGAGCAAGAGCAGAGCAUCCAGUCCUUUAGUUGGUGUCAAAAGAAAAGAAAAAAACGAAGAUUCGCCUCAGACUGUAUCAGUGACUGUUUGAAAAAAACAACAAAAUUCUGAGUGUAUGUAAUUUAUAAUGAAACUUUUUUUUUUGUUUCACUUAUGGAGUAAAUACUCUAAAAAAUAUACAACUUUAUAAAAUCAAAUUGAUUGAUCUUCCCUUUUUUUUUUUUUUGGAGAACAUAGAAUAUCUGUUUAAACCAUUGUUUGUGUGCAUGAGGACUAAAUUACUUUAAUUUAAUACUAGUGAUUGGCCAGAAAGAAAUGGAGAAAUACAGUUCACACAUCUUGUGUGGUGCCCAAAUUGUUCAACAGACUUAGGCAUAUUUAUUGGCAAAUAUUAGAGAAUGCAAUGAAAGCUUUAUGUUUACUUUUGUUUUUUGUUUUUUUUACAUUUUUGUAUUUUGCGGAACUAAAGAGUUUUACCAUUAUCACAGUGGGUAUGUAGGACUAGAUAUGUUUUGUUGUUGGGGUGAGAGAAAUUUGCAUUUUUUUGUAAAUGAUGAGAGAGCUAAAGAGAAGGCUAAGCAAGUGAACUUAAUUUUAACAGGAUUCCAGUGAUGGGGCAAAAUUUGAGGAUGUAUAAGGGGGAAUUUGUUUAUUAGUUCAUGACCUAGAUCACAACAAAAACAUGUUAUAGGGAAAUUUAAAAACAAAAAUGGAUUUGUAACUUAAACAUGAUUUUUUAUAUUUGUGUAAGAAAGCUGCUCAUGUCCAACAUUAUAGCCUAUUUGAACACAUUACAGUAAAUUGUAUCCUGUUUUUGUAAGUGUAAACUUUUUAAAAAAUAUACAUUAUAUAAACUGAUUUGAUAAAUAGAUUUUAACCAAUUCGACUCUAGUAGGGUAGGACGCAGUGUUAAGAGCCCUAAUACAUUAGGAUGCUAGCAGCAGUUUUUAAAACUUUUCUUUAAGAAGAACUCAGUAUGUGAUGAUGUUUGUUUUUUUGUUUUUUUUAGUGAAAUCUAAAUGUAUAUCGCUUUUUUUUUAAAUAAUUUUUUGACACAAACGAACCCAUGACCUCAGUAUACAAGCCCCCACAGCUGGGAAAUUAAGUAUUUUAAAACCUUUUUGAUAUUCUAAAGGUAUUAAAAGUAUAUAUUUUUAGAAA